AUGGGUUCUUGCCUAUGUAAGGAGAAAACACGACAAAAUCACGAAAGCAACAGUAGUCGAACGUCACGCGGAUGUCGUCGUUCAGAAGAGCGAAACAGAUCGCCUCAUUCUUUCGAACAAGAAGCUGAUUUCGAUGGCGAAGGAUCUUCCCAGCUUGGUCGACGGAUGUCCAUGACAAACUACGUCGGGAAUGAUGUGAAAGAUUUAAUCAGGCAGACUCUCAAAGUAAUACGAUCACUCGUGAAUAAGUGA